CCGAGGAUGCACGCGUCAGGCAAAGAGCUUCUUGACACAUUCCUUGGGCCUUCUAUUUCGAAUUAAAGUGGUUCAAGAUGGAGAGAACAAGAAGAGGAACUAAAGUAGAGAGAGUGUCAUUCUCAAGACAUCCUUCAGUUCCCUACUUCAUGGAUGAGAAAAUGGAGAAACUCGAGGAGCAAGGACAGAUCGAGUUGUUCAAGGAGAAGUCACAGCUGUCGACAUAUUAUUGUCCAUCGGAGGUCCUCAAAAGUCCUAACGAGGCCAUGGAGUUCCUCUCUAGAACUUGGAGCCCAUCUUCCUCGGAUUUCUCUCAAAUACUUUGGUCAAACGGCGGGGAGCUUGACCAAGGGCUCCAGGAGCAGCAAACAGAGGAAAGCCUUGUCCAAUUCGAGGAGGAUGAUAAAACCAGAUUGGAGCAAGCACUGACACUGCUUUCAACUGGAAAUCUUGUGCGAUCAGGAAAGCUCAAGCAACUACACUUUGGUUGGAUGAACGUUGGACGAAUGAAGGCAUGGUUGGGUGUGGAACUCUUUAGCAGCUUGUCCAGAGGAUGCAGAGAGAAGAGAAACGAGAAAGUGCGAGUCCGGGAGGCUCGAGUCCAUGCAGCACUCUCCGUCGCGAGGCUGGCUGCGGCCAUCGCAGGCAUCUCCGCCAAUUCUAGGUUGGAACCAACGAAUGCAAAGAGCACGAGCAUGACAGGCAUGGGAGGAGGGGCUUUGGAUGAGAAGAUGAACGCUGUGGUUGCCUCUGCCGCAGCUUUGGUCGCAACUGUGUGCGCCGAAGCAGCCGAGUCCGUGGGGGCCAACAGAGAGGGUGUUGCAUCUGCCAUCAGUACAGGCCUAGCGACCAAAACUUCAGCUGAUAUGGUCACGCUGACUGCAACAUGUUUAAGAGGAGCUGCCACACUCGAACUGAGACCAGCAGCUGGUAGGCAUGCAUCAGAAGACCAGAAGACCCUUGCAAGAGGUGCUCGACUUCCUGUCCGCAUGCCUAAAGGGAAAGUUCGACAAAGAUUGGUGUACAUUUUCCUCAAGCGUGAUAAGCUUACAGUAAGAUUAAGGAAGAAACACAUUCGUGGAGUAAUCAGCACAUACACAGAGUAUACGAUAUUUAAUGCAAUGGAGGAUUUGAAGGAAGGUGGCAUUUCUAAGGAUGAUCAUGGCUUCUACUCGAUAACUCUUGGCACCACUGGGGGAGCCAUCCAGAUCAUGUUCGAGCAACAAGUGCAAUACAGAAUCUGGAGGUCCACCAUCUGUCAUCUCUUGUGUGAUUGCUGAAAGCUAAUAGAUCCGAGUCGUCGCCGGUGCUAAACCAUGGAUGCUUUCCUGUGUAUACACCAAACAUAAAACUGUAAUUGAAGAUUCUGUGCUUCGUUUCCUACCAAAAACGCAUACACUUUUCUUUUUCUUUUGCCAAUGAAUUAUUUCCACGCAGAAUGCAGGCAGGCAAAAAGCCAAUCCGCAGAGUUUGGAUAAAACUGUGUGGAUCAUAUUCAAGCUUUGGUCCGAGAAGCAAUCUCAUGCGUUGUUUCCUGUCCAUCAUUGUUGUCUUGCAGAUUCUAUAUCACUCCUUGAUGGAAAAUAUAUUACAUUUACUGAGGUUUUUUCUAA